GAGUCAAAGAGCAAUUUAUCGAGUUAUUUCCUGCGGCUGUUCCGUUGGGACGCAUUCAGAAAGAAGAAAGAAAAAACCUUCAAAAUAAUAAAGGGGACGGCACCUGCUUUUGUCUAGAAAAUGACCACCAAGGACGCUCUUCUCGCCGUUCUCGACGGCAGCGGACAGGAGCACAUUCUGGCGGAUUACGAUAACCUGUCCACGGCAGAGCAAUUGAUCCUGGCGGCCCAAGUUACCUCCUUCUCCGCCGCGCAGUGGAAGCACAUGAACGCCAUGCUAAAAGACAGUCUCGAUCACCUCAACAAAAGCAACGGCAGCGCCUCGGCAGCAGCGGCGAAGGAUCCCUCCAUCACCCCGCCACCCGCUGCGACGAUCUUCCACCUGCCGAAGCUGCUCGCGGAGGGCUCGGCGGAGGUGGCAACCAUUCGGGCAGCGGGCAUGCACGUCAUUGCACGCGGAGAAGGCGCCGCUCUUUUGAUGGCCGGUGGCAGCGGCACGCGCCUUGGCGUGACAAUUCCGAAGGGGCUCUUCCACUGCGACCUCCUCCCCAGCGGACGCUCCCUGUUUGAGUACCACUGCAACCGUGUGCGCAAGAUGGAGCAGAUGGCGGCGGCGUGGGCACGAGACUCACAGGUAGCCGUCCCACCAGGCGCCGAGACGACGGGUCGUGGUCUUCUUCAUCUUCUGGUAAUGACGUCGGAUCAAAAUGAUGCGGCCACGAAGGCGUUCUUCUGCGAGCACAACUACUUUGGGCUGCGUCCCGAUCAGGUUCUCUUCUUUCGUCAGAGUUCGCUGCCCUGCUACGACGAAAAGACGGGCAAGGUACUGAUGGAGGAGAAGGGCAAAAUUUGUGUUGCACCAGGAGGCAACGGCGGCCUCUACGAGAGCCUGGUACGGACGCCGACCGCCGCGGCACUUGCGUCGUCAAAAUCUGAGCAGGGCGUGUUGGCACAAAUUCAAAUGAGAGGCGUGCGUUACGUGCAGAUCUUCAGCGUCGACAACAUUUUGGCAAAGCUGGGCGACCCGUACUUCUUCGGCGUUGCCGCCGCCCGUCAGGCGGAGGUGGUCGUCAAGACCGUGCCAAAAGCCUCUGCAGAGGAGCGCGUCGGCGUGUUUGCGCUGACGGACGGGGAGUGGGGCGUCGUCGAGUACACGGAGAUUGGCACGGAGCGAGCGCUGCAGCGCGACGAUGUGAGCGGCGAGCUCGCCUACAAUUGCGGCAACAUCGCCUCGCACUGCUGCUCCGUUGACUUUCUAAAACUGGCCGCCAAGGACAUGCAGACGAGUACCUUUUAUCACGCCGCCCGCAAGAACAUCGCGACGGUCAACGGCAUCGUACCGGCCAUCAAGAUGGAGGCGUUUAUCUUCGAUGAAUUCAAGCUGGCGAAGCAGGUGCCCACGCGCCCACACGGCGGCGGUGACCGGUUGGAUGCCUUUCAAAUAAUGCAGGUGGACCGCAAUGCGGAGUUUGCCCCGAUUAAAAACGCGGAAGGCGCCGCCACCGACACGGCCACGACGGCGGCGGACCUUGUGUUGCAGCUGCACACGAAGUGGGUGGCGGAGGCGGUUAUGGCGGCGCCCGAGGCGCUGGGAACUGGGGAGGAGGGCUACUCCGUCCAGGACCGCGCCACUGCACUGCAACGACUACGUGAGGGACUGUGUCAGUGGGAGAUUAAUCCGCUUGUGUCGUACGAAGGGGAAGGACUGACGCCACUGGCACCGCAGCUCAUUCGUCGGUCGCUGACCGGGGAGGGGGUGCUCAGUCUGGAAGAGACAGCGCAGAAUCGCGCGAACAUGUAA